AUGAAUACAUCACCUGCGGCAGGAGCGCUCAGUAAUGGAUCAGACAACCAACUUCAAUCCCAACAACAGUCUAACACAUCAGGCGGUGGGAGCGGAGGUGGUGGCCAAGAAGAGGACGAAUUCUACCCCCUCGCGGUUCUCAUCGAAGAAUUACGUAACGAGGACGUGCGUUUUCGCUUGAACAGCAUCCAAAGGCUCUCCACGAUUGCGCUGGCGCUUGGACCAGAGAAGACACGCGUUCAGCUCAUCCCAUUCCUCAUUGACUCAAUUUAUGAUGUGGAGGAUGUAAUGGUCGCCAUUGCUGAGGAGUUGGGGCGAUUCGUUCCUUACGUCGGUGGCGUCUCCUAUGCACCCUGUAUCAUCAACCCACUGGAGAGUCUUGCCCUUGUGGAGGACGCUAAUGUGCGAGAGAAGGCGGUGCAGUCGUUGCGCCUGCUGGCACGAGAACACACGGACAGGGACUUGCAGGAACAGAUGUUUCCUUUGGUGCGUCGUCUGGCCGCGGGCGACUGGUUCAGUAGCCGCGCCUCCGCCUGCGGCCUAUUUGCUGUCGUCUAUGGACGUUUGGAUGCCACGUCUCGACAGGAAAUUCUCUCUCUUGCUCAGUCCCUUACCAACGACGACACACCUAUGGUUCGACGCGCUCUGGCUGCAGUGUUGGGUGAGUUGGCCCUGGCCAUGGUUGGCUUACCACCGGUUUCGGACGCCGCAGCCGCCCCCUCGCUUGUCGGAAGCGCUGUCGGUGGCCCUGCCGGCGGAGGCGGCAUCAGUGCUGACCAGGAGAAUGCCGAGGACUGUCCACUCGACCGUUUGUCUGCUGGACAGCAGGAGACAGACGCCACACCCACCGCUACCUCCGCCUCUACCACCGAGGCUGAUUCUCUUUUCUUCGUGCCAAUUGAAGAGACACCGGAGGUGGCAGAGGCUCGCACUCAGAUUGUGACCUCCCUCGUCCCCCUCUUCAACAGCCUAGCUUUCAAGGACGACCAGGAGUCGGUGCGCCUUAUCGCUCUCGAGGCCGCCGUCCCACUGGCCCGGGCUCUAGGUUCUAACCUCGCGGAGCAGCACAUCGUCCAGAGCCUGCAGAAGAUCCUCGACUUCAAGUCCUGGCGCUCUCGAUGUCUUCUCGCGAAGAAACUCACCCUCUUGCAGAGUUGCCUCGGUUCUCGCGUCACCAAAAACUGUCUCAUUGACCUCUUUCUCGCACUUCUCGCGGACGACAUAGCGGAGGUACGAUGUGCUGCAGCCUCUCAGAUCACCAGCUUCACCAACGGCCUAUUGAACGGUCAACCGGUUUCCUCGGCUGUUGUUGCUUUUGCUGCUGACAAAAUCAACAGCGUGGCAGCAUCAGCCUCGAUGGCGAUGGAUGGAAUUAUAGAGGGUGGAUCAGGAGAAGUUGGGGAAGGCGAAACGGAAGAUCCCUCAACACCAAAAGCUCUGGGAGACGCCGAGGCGUUUAUUAUACAGCGCCUUCUGCCCGCCAUGGCAGAUCUCAACGCAGAUUCCAACGUGCAUGUGAAGGUGAAGCUAGGUCAGGCGGUGCUUGGACUGGCCCCGUUGUUGGGCCGCGAGCUCACCGUGGCGCACCUCCUGCCGAUCAUCCUGGCCCAACUGAAGGAUGAGUCGCCGGACGUGCGGCUGGGUGUGAUCACGAGCCUCGAAUUGGUGAACAGCGUGGUGGGUGUGGAGGAGGUUUCAGCAAGCCUCCUUCCGGCCAUCGUGGAGUUGGCCAAAGUGCCAGUGUGGCGGGUGCGUCUGGCUGUGAUUAAUCAGAUGCCUCUGCUGGCCGAUCAGCUGGGCGAAGCCUUCUUUGAGACGCGUCUGAUGCAGCACUUUCUUUCCUGGCUCGCAGAUGCUGCCUAUGCGGUGCGAGAGGCCGCUGUGAUAAAUCUUACCCGUCUAACGCAGAAAUUCGGCUCCCUGUGGGCUCGCACCUUCUUCCUCUCCCAGAUAGCAGAGCUGUCGCAGAACGAGAACUACCUUCAGCGGAUGAUCAGCCUGCAGUGUAUCAUUAACCUCAGUCCAGUGAUAGACGCGGAGACGUGCUCGCAACUCCUUCUCCCCACCGCUCUUGGGAUGGACCACGACCGUGUGCCCAAUGUCCGUUUCAAGGUAGCGCAGGCCCUGGCAAAGGUGGGAGAGGUGGUGGGUGCGGAAGUGGUGAUGCCGUGUCUCCAGCGCCUCCUUAAGGACGUUGAUAUAGAUGUGCGCUUCUAUGCGGCUGAGGCGAUCGAGUUCCUCAAAAAGGGUCCUGGUGAAAGCGGUGACAAGCGGGAGGCGCCCGCGCCCGUGAUGAUGGACACGGAUACAGAAGCUAUGUUGGUGACCUCCGCAUAG